UUCAUCGAUUGCACUAUCUUGAUACGUUUCUGAGCAAGUAGGAUGCUGUCUCAGUUGCCUCGCGCAGCGAUUCGUUUGCUGCCUCGUCGUCAACCUAAUCUUCACUGCUAUCGGUACCACUCAAAGCCCACGAGCCUGACUGCCCAAGCCGGACGUGUACAUCGAGUAUUGAGUGCCAAGGCUGACUCGAAUUUGACCUACGACGAUCUGGCGACGUGUUUGGGGGUAACCAAUACUUAUGCUGCGCAAUUACUACUGGGCCAAGCUAAAUUGACACCAGAGACGGCGAAGAAACUACGCGCAGCACUUCCGGCCGUCUCGGACGACGAUUUAGAGGAUAUGCAAAAUUCAUUCCCUAUGCGAUCGUACGACGACGAAAUACUAAAAGAGCCGCAUGUUUAUCGGACGUAUGAAGCUAUUACGCAUUACGGAGAAGCAAUGAAAGCAAUCAUAAAUGAACAAUGCGGAGAUGGUAUCAUGAGUGCGAUCGAUUUUUAUUGCGACGUGGGAACGAGUAUUGGCAAACACGGUGAGAAGCGUGUCGUGAUCACCUUCAACGGUAAAUUUCUACCGUUCAUUGAACAGAAAGCGGAAGAUAACGGAGCCAUGAGUCCAAGAGACUAAUGGAUUUGGGUUUCUGUCGUAGGCUUACGGGAUGCCCGAAACAACUCACUAUCCAUGAAAAGAAAAUGUAGUCUUUCGUGAAAUAUCACGAUUAUUGGGAACUACGCUUAGACUUU